GGACCUGGGUGCUGGCAGCCCACCAUCUGCCUCUUCAUCCCCACAGGUUGUGUGUUCCCCUCGUGCUGGCUGCUCGCCCCACCAUGGCUGCUGGUGAGGAGCUCCCCCCUGCCCUGCAGGACGCGUGGGGGGACUUCUGGCUCUUCCGCUUCUUCGUUAAUGCUGCUGGCUACGCGAGUAUCGUGGUGCCAGGAUUCCUCCUCAUCCAGUACUUCAAGAGAAGGAACUACCUGGAGACAGGCCGAGGCAUUUGCUUCCCUGUCAUCAAGUCAUGCGUGUUCGGCUCCGAGGUGAAGUCUGUACACCCGGACGAUGGCUCCCUGCCGCCCCGAGCAGAGCCCGCAGAGUCCUCCACAGCCCGGCAGGUCCUGAAGCUGCUCUUCUGUGCUGCUGGGCUGCAGGCCUCCUACCUCACGUGGGGCGUCCUCCAGGAGCGCGUGAUGACAAGGACGUACGGCGCCACCGAAACGGACCCCGGUGAGAAGUUCAAGGACUCCCAGUUCCUCGUGUUCAUGAACCGCAUCCUGGCCUUCACGGUGGCCGGGCUGUACUGCGCCCUGACCAAGCAGCCGCGCCACGGGGCUCCCAUGUUCAAAUACUCCUUCGCCUCCCUCUCCAACAUCCUCAGCAGCUGGUGCCAGUACGAGGCGCUCAAAUACAUCAGCUUCCCCACCCAAGUGCUGGCCAAGGCCUCCAAGGUGAUCCCGGUGAUGAUGAUGGGUAAACUGGUGUCGCGCAAGAGUUACGAGUACUGGGAGUACCUGACGGCCGCCCUCAUCUCCGUGGGGGUCAGCAUGUUCCUGCUCUCCAGCGCUCCCAACAGGCACGCCUCCACCGUCACCACUUUCUCGGGCGUCGUCCUCCUGGCCGGCUACAUCAUCUUCGACAGCUUCACCUCCAACUGGCAGGACGCCCUCUUCACCUACAAGAUGUCCCCCGUGCAGAUGAUGUUCGGCGUCAACGUCUUCUCCUGCCUCUUCACGGUGGGCUCGCUGCUGGAGCAGGGCGCCCUGCUGGAAUCGCUGCGCUUCAUGGCUCGCCACUCGGAGUUCGCGGCCCACGCCGUGCUGCUGUCGGUGUGCUCCGCCUGCGGCCAGCUCUUCAUCUUCUACACCAUCAACCAGUUCGGGGCGGCCGUCUUCACCAUCAUCAUGACGCUCCGCCAGGCCUUCGCCAUCCUCCUCUCCUGCCUCAUCUACGGGCACACCGUCACCGUCGUGGGCGGGCUGGGCGUCGCCGUCGUCUUCGUGGCGCUCUUCCUCCGCGUCUACGCCCGCAGCCGCAUGAAGAAGCGCAGCAAGAAGCUGCCGCCCGGCGAGACCCCCGUGCAAAAGGUCUAGGGAGCUGGGGCCUCCGAGCUGUGCCUGCUGUCCUGCCUCUGCUGGGGGGCACGUGCUUGAUUUUUGGACCCCACCGAGGAGCAGGGUGGGGUUCGGAUCGGCUGGACCAGUGACUCGCUUUUCCAACUGCUUUUCCCGGGGAAGGGGCUGCAGCAGCUCCAAACCUUUCUCUUUGCCUUAACGGGUCAGAGGCUUCCAGCAGAGGCACAGGCUCUCACCCGGGGGAAAUCCAGCGUGGGACUGCUGGUGCUCCUGCCCCCCUGUGCCUCGUGGCUUCCCUCCAAGGUCACUGACUGAACAAGGGAGCUGUUUUCCCGGCCCUAUCUCGCCUCCGGCUGACACGUCUCCAUUUCUGUCACUACUGGAGAGCUCAGCAGGAGGACCAACGCUAGCUCUGUCUUCAAAACACCUCUGCAACGAGGGAAACGCCAAGCUGAGCCUGUGCUGGGCUGGGAGCAGUAGGACAGAAGCUCCCAGCCCCUCCAGCCCCCCUUCCCAGGAGGUGCUCCAGGUAGGACGGGCGCAGCUAUGCGGCAGCCUGCCCUACCCCAGGCCUGGGAUCUGCUCUGGGAGAGCUGGAGUCAAGGCCAGGGCCUCAGUUUGGGUCCAGCAGUCCCUCGCCCCAGCUCCAAGUCACUUUUCUUCACACCUCCCAGUCCGGGCUGACAUUUAUGCAGACAGGGGGGCUGACGCAGCUCCCGAGGCUUGCUGAGUUGCUGUAGGUUACUUUUUGGUUACAGCCGCUGCUGUUACAGGCCACAGGCCGCAACGCCCAGAACGCCAGCAUCACCUCCAGGCUGGCUCAGCACAGCGGUUUCUGGGCUGUGUAGUUGCCAUUCAGAGAAGCACAACGACCAUCCUCUUUAUUUUUUCCCCCCUGCCCACCUGGAGGCAUUGACCCCAACUUCCCUGGGGCCUUGCCAGAGCCCCCCAGUGCCUGCAGGAAGGGGCAGAGCCUGCUGCCUUGUCCCCGCUCCGCAGGGGAUGGAGCACGCGGGCACCAGCCCCAUCAGCCGCAGGGGACGGGGCAGGGGAGGCCGCUUCCUGCGCUCUUCCCCAGGAGCCCGGCUUGUACUGGCGGACCCUGUCCUCCCCCACGCGACCUGACUGACAAGCCAGCAGGUUUUGGUACUUUUGAAAGGCAACUUUUUUCUCUAUUUUAUUAAAUUAAAGAUAUGCUGCAUAUAGUA